AUGGCUCGAGGGUUACUAAAUAAUGAUGAGGAAUGGUAUUGGGCGUUUACAGAGGCUGCAACAUGGGCAACAUCAUCACAAUUAAGACAUUUGUUUGUAACUACGGAAAGUAAAGAAUAUCUAAGUGCUGAUUCUAUUUCAAAGUGUUUAGACACGUGCAACGAUGCAGAUGUUCUUUAUCCUGUCGAAUACUUGAACACUCUAAAUGCAAAUAAUUUUCCACAGCACAGAGUAAUCCUCAAAAUUGGUGUGCCGAUCAUACUGCUACGAAAUUUAAAUCAAAGCAUAGGACUCUGUAAUGGUACACGAUUAAUUGUAACAAAUUUAGGUGACAAUAUUAUUGAAGCUAUUAUAAUAACAGGUUCCAAUAUUGGAGAAAAAGUUUACAUUCCACGUAUAAAUCUUACAACAAGAGGAUGUAAAUGGCCAUUUAUAUUAAAUAGAAGACAAUUUCCAGUAAAAGUGUGCUAUGCCAUGACUAUAAAUAAAAGUCAAGGACAAACAUUAACUAAUGUAGGUAUAUAUCUAAAAAAACCUGUAUUCACACAUGGUCAAUUAUAUGUAGCAAUUUCAAGAGUAACAUCCAAAUCUGGUCUUAAAAUACUAAUAGAAAAUGAAGAUGGAACAUGUGGAAAUCAAACUCGAAAUAUUGUUUAUCGUGAAAUAUUCAAUUACAUCUAA